UCUGACGAAAUCAAUUUUCUCUUUUGUUCCCUCUAAUAUAAGUUAAAACGUCUCUCUCAAUUCUGUUCACGGUGCCGUUAAGUUUCACGUUCGAUUAAUAAGUUCGUCGCCGAAUCUCGAUUAGAAUAAUGUGGACGUCAUUCAAACCAGAAAGUUUUUUCGAUCGGUAGAACACUAGAACUGGUGGAAGGCAUCGAAUACCUUCACCCCUAUACUUCAACUUACGCGACAUGUCGUCAAACAAAAUCCUAUGUGAUAGUCAAUUGUGAUAAAUACCUAAUAUCUAUAACGGUGUGACAAUGAACGUUCUUGGCUCUAGAACAGCAACAACAGUCAAUCGCGUACCUGAUAUGGGACAACCAACCAAGCCGCUGACCAACAGUCCACCUGUAACAAAAUCUAUGUUUCAACAUGUAAAAAUAGAACAUUUGGUGGCUGGAUUUUCAGGCGGAGUCGCAUCAACACUCAUACUUCAUCCCCUAGAUUUAUUGAAAAUUCGAUUUGCUGUCAAUGAUGGAAGAAAUGCAAUACCAAGUUAUGCUGGACUGGGAAAUGCUGUCACUACAAUAUUUAGACAAGAAGGAAUUAAAGGACUUUAUAAAGGAGUUACUCCAAAUGUUUGGGGAUCAGGAAGUGCAUGGGGUUUUUAUUUCCUAUUUUAUAAUUCAAUUAAAGCUUGGAUUCAAGGUGACAACACUAAAAAACCUUUGGGUCCAGCAUUACAUAUGACUGCAGCAGCAGAAGCAGGCAUACUCACAUUAAUGAUAACCAAUCCAGUGUGGGUAGUCAAGACUCGUUUGUGUUUGCAGUUCGAUAAACCCAUUGAUCCGAGCAAGUCGUACAGUGGAAUGUGGGAUGCAUUUCGCAAGAUAUAUGGUGCUGAGGGUGUACGAGGCCUGUACAAGGGCUUUGUUCCUGGCAUGUUUGGCGUAUCUCAUGGUGCCUUGCAGUUCAUGACUUACGAGGAGAUGAAAACUUUUUAUAAUGAAUACAGAAGAUUACCAAUUGAUGCUAAACUGGAAACAUCUGAAUACAUUGUAUUUGCUGCGUUUUCAAAAUUAAUAGCAGCUGGUUUGACAUAUCCGUAUCAAGUAAUUCGUGCAAGACUGCAAGAUCAACACCGUGAAUACAGAGGCACUUGGCAUUGUAUAACCCAAACAUGGAGGUAUGAAAGAACACGAGGAUUUUAUAAAGGAAUUGGGCCAAAUCUAUUGAGAGUUGUACCGGCAACCAUCAUCACAUUUCUAGUCUAUGAAAACUUAUCUUCAUAUUUAAUUAAGUUGAAUACUAUACCUUAAUAGUUAGAUUUUAGAAUAUUCAUUAGUUAUUCCCAUAGAUGUUGUGAUAUUUUUUUUUUUAUGAACCUUAUUAAUGAUACAAAAUAACGUAUACAAGACUAAGAGUUGGUAAUUAGUAGUUAUUGCCUACUAUUGUACUUAAUAAUGUUUAUUCGAAUUAUUUGUUUGAGUAAAUGUGGUAAAAUUAUAAUAUUGAAGCAGAUUGAAUUUAUUUAUUUUAUAUCAAAUAACUGAGAAAUAAAUUCUUGAUGAAAUAUUACAUUAAACUAGUGCUUCUCAACCUUUUUUUUUUAUUACAACACCCUAAUUAAGAUCCAUAUAAUGGCAACACAUUUAAAACAAUUAAUGGAUUUUUUAAAUGUAAUAAUUAAAAUAUGUAAUAUAAUUUUAUGCAGUAUAAACCUAUAUGUAAAUUGUGAAUGAGAAUAUCUUCACAAUUAUUAUUUUUAUCUGUGGGUUUACUAUCACGUCACAACGUCAUAAUAAUGUAAUAUGACAUAUAUUUAUACUUUAAACACGUACCUACAAUAUAAAUGAACAAUUUUUUUGUUCGCGACAUGAUGGUUGAGAAUCACUGCAUUAGACUAUUCAAAGUGAAAAUAUUGAAAUAUACUUUUGGUCACAAAUAUGUUUUAGAGUUAAUAUUAAUGCAUUGUAAAAAUAGUAUAAAUGAUUACUAAAAAGUUUUAUUAUAUACAUUUUUAUAAUAUUGUAUAAUAUAAUGUGUAAUGUAGUUUAUUUAAUGCAUUAAUUCUACUUAUGAUUACAUUAUGUUAAGUUUCGUAGUUGUAUAACAGAAGUGCAUUGAAAUUUGUUAUUACCAAGCAAACAAGUAAUUAAGAAUGUAUGUAUUUUAGAAAAGGUAUGAUUAUUGUUUCUUGUUUUAUUAAAAUGAGUACUAUGAGUUAAUAGUUUUAUAACCUA